AUGACCCUAAACAGUCUGGCUUUGUAUGUCUUCUGCAUCAGGACCAAGCCGAAGACUACAUCAGUCAUCUACACCAUUAACCUGGUUGUGACGGAUUUGUUGGUUAACCUUUCCCUCCCCACUCGUAUCAUAUUGUACUACAGUGGAGGAAAGUGCCUCAACUGUUCCUACAUGCACAUAUUCAGCUACUUCGUCAACAUGUACUGUAGCAUCCUCUUCCUCACCAGCAUCUGCGUGGAUCGCUACCUAGCCAUCGUUCAGGCUGAGGCCUCGCGGAAGUGGAGGAACCCUGGAGUGGCCAAAGCAGUGUGCGUCUGCAUAUGGCUGUUCGCCAUCAUCGUGACCUACUCGCUUCUCACCACGGCCUUCAAGCUCUCAGGCUGCUGCCUCUCCAGACUUUUCGCGCUGACCGUAUUCGAGUUCUUCCUCCCAAUGGUGAUCAUCGUAGUGUUUACCAUUCGAAUCAUGUGCGCCCUUUCCAGCCCGGGUCUGAUGCAGCAGAGCCGCGACAGACGCACGAAAGCCGUACAGCUGCUGUCGACCGUGCUGGUGAUCUUCACCGUCUGCUUCACACCGUUUCACAUCCGUCAAGUUCUGUUUUACUUCCAUCCUGAUCUGCCUCAUCAUGUGAUUGUGUACCAUGUGACCGUCACCCUCAGCAGCUUAAACAGCUGCCUGGAUCCUGUGGUCUACUGUUUCGUCACCACCAACUUUCAGUCUACCAUGAAGAGAUUUUUGAGGAAGAUAGAAAGAGAGCAGACGAGUGGAGAUAUUAUCAGCAUGCAGAAGAGCUCAAAGGCUUCAGGCACAGUGAAUACUAUAGAUAAAGGUAUAAGGAUAAACAUGAGCCCUGUCCAGCAGGGAAGCCGACCCGCAUAA